AUGAAUACUGACAACUCAACCCUGUUUGAAACCAUAGUUUAUGGUCAUUCACCAUGCGAUGGAUGGACCAACAACACAGAGGGCGCCUUCUACCAGCUUGGAAACGCCAUCCUCUUCUUGGGGUACAUGGGUGGGAGCGGAGCGUACGGAGCCCUCUACAUUUUCGGGUUCCUCACGCCCUCCUUUCUUUGCCAUUCGCUGUGGGGCUGGUGGUCGGUCUGCGGCUUGGACGUCUUCAUUUGGAACCUGCUUCUGAUUCUCAUCUGUCUGGCUCAGGUGGGUUUCCUGAUCUACAGGCUGAUGCAGGACGGACUGCACAGCGAGCUCUCCGCGCUCUACAACGCCGUGUACCUCCCUCUGGAGGUACCCGUACAGGUCUUCAAAGAGAUCACCGCUGCCUGCGAGAACAAGGUUCUCUCCCUGGCGCCGGAGGAAACGUACGCCGUGGAAGGGAAGACUCCCAUUGACCAACUGUCCUUCCUGCUCUCCGGGAGGAUUCGAGUGUCAUUAGAGGGACAGUUCCUCCACUACAUUUUCCCACACCAGUUUCUGGAUUCUCCAGAAUGGGAAUCCCUUAGACCGACGGAGGAAGGGAACUUCCAGGUGACACUGACUGCCGAGACAGACUGUCGUUAUAUAUCCUGGCGCCGGCGUCGGCUUUACCUUCUGCUGUCCAAGGAGCGUUACAUCGCCCGCCUUUUCUCCGUCAUGCUUGGGAAUGACAUUGCCGACAAACUCUACUCCCUUAACGACAAACUCUUCGCCAAGAGUGGCGUGCGCCUCGACAUCCGUCUGCCCAGCCUGUACCAUGUUCUCACCCCCUCCCCGCUGGGCAGCGAAGGGGGGAGUGUCAGCUCACCUGCCCGGGGAAGUCAAGGGGACCAGACGGUAGUGACGGUGGACCCGGCCAAUCAGAAACCAGACGCGUCCGCCGCCCAGCCGAGCCAGGGAAAGGCCCCCGUGCCGAAACCCCUGGCCUCCAGUCGCCAACCCUGGCCCUCGGACACAGAGAUGCCCUCUGGUGAGGACUCUACCAGCCUGGUCCUGGAGGACUUUGCUGAUAUGACAGGCUCUUUAAUGGACUAUGGCAGUGAGAGGGACUAUUUGAAGUAG